UUUCAUCCUACUCUUAUGGAGAAUGGCAGACGAUUUGAGCAAAUACCGUCCACCUCUGACCGGCUUGGAUCUGAACGAUCCAACAGUCCAAGCUAUCUUGCAGACGACCCCUUCCAGCUCUAUGAGGGACAACGGCUAUUCCCCUCUUCUCAGAGAUUGGGAGGCGUGGGAGAAGCACAGGAAAAUCAAAUACUUGAUGGGAUUGCUGAAGAAAAUUCGGCAACAAGUGAUUACAUUCCCGUAGAAAGAAUUCCAGAGCCUGCUUUCAGAUCCUACUAUACACUAAUAUAUUUCAAGCAUAGAGGUACUGUUGUGGAAGUGGGGUCCGAAUUACACGAGGAAUGGCUCAAUGCCCAAGACAUGCCUUCCAUUGCACCCAACAGUCCAUGCAGAUCAGACACACGUCGAGCACAAACCAAAGCAGCAUUUGCCCAACGUGCAGAUUCCCGUCAAGCUAAGUUCGAUGGCCUGCAUGCUGAAUUGAUGCGACGAGAUAUUCGACAGUUUGACGAAAUAUUGCAUAAGUUUUUCGUGAAGGGGAUUACGAAAUUAAAUUCCUCCAUGGGCGUUCAAUGGCGCGAAAUAGCCAAACAGCAAAUUCAGGGAGGAAAAGAAAACAAUUACCUCCAGAAUCUGGAAAAACUGGAACAUGAAUGCACUGCUAAGAAUCCUCGUAACGUUGAAAUUGGUACCAAUUGGCUAAUGAUGCUACUCAAUCAAAACGGUAUCAACAUUGAAGAAUUGCUACACGAUAUCGUGAUGAUUACGGAUAAGGCCACUCCAAAAGUCAAUACAUUAUGCUUCAAGGGUCCAACUUAUACUGGAAAUACUCUGUUAGCAGGUCUCAUCACAUCACAUUUAACGGCGGUUGGCGGGGGCGGGCGGACCAGACGCGGACAGGAUGACGGAUAA